UAAUGUUGAUAGCAAAUCGGAAGUAAACAAACUUCGCUAGCAAGUACAGAAUGAUCCAAGGAGGCGUCGUAAAUGUACUUUUGCAAGUGAACACGUUGUCCAGGACUGAAUCAUGCACACGAGCUCGAACGUGACAAUAGAGCACCAGCCCAUUUUUGCACGAGGGACUAAUUGCCAUCCAGAGUUGGCCAGCGCACGUUUCCCCGAGUAUGUAGGCAGUCCAGUGCCGCAUCGAGGAGAUUCGGGGGCGGAGGGAGCACCGCUGCCGCACGCGAGACGCUGGCAGCUCGGCAUCACGCGGAGCAGCCGGUCACCGAGCCACCGGAGCGUUCCUAAUCGACAUAUGGGAAUACAAGGUGGCGAGCUUGAGGUCACACCGGGCUCGGGAGCACUGCGAGGGACCCGUGCCGCGAGCGUCGUCGCCCCCGAGACGGCAAGAGAGACAUCCUUGCCUCCAUCCCUCCGAGAGCCCAUCUGACACCAGCGGCAGCAUCUCAUUGACAUCAAAACGGAAAAUAAAAAGACUCCAGAGAGCUCGUGCGGCUGAUGGUGGCAACACACUUCCUCGCGCAUCGCAGUUUAAGGACGAUGUGACGACGCGAGCUGGAGAAGAUACAGCUGGCACACUUUAAAGAAUGCCGCGUGUGGGGGGAAAUGGAGAGCAAAUGGCACUGAAAGAAAGGGUCGAGGUCACUGGAGUGCAGCUCACCACAGCAAUUUGAGGAUUAAAAAAGACCGGGACAAAAACCAAUCCCCAUACUCUUCACAAUGGCACUUUUUGGUCUUGCUAAAUUGGAGGCUCGACUGCCGUUGCUUUUCCUUAUCUUGACGAUGUUCGUGUGUGUGCUAGACUUUGCCGCAGCCACAAUCCAAGGAUACGUUGGAGAAAAAGACCCGAUAUGCCCAUCUGUGUGUAGAUGCGAUGAAGACUUCAUCUACUGUAAUGAUCGUGGCCUGAGCUCCAUCCCCUCACUGCCGGCUUCCGCAUCUGUCCUCUACCUUCAAAACAACCAGAUAAACAACCCAGGCCUUCCCACUUCCUUGGAACGCCAGCUUACUGUACAUGUAGUCUACCUCUAUGACAAUGAACUGGAUGAAUUCCCCGUGCAAUUGCCACCGUCCGUCCGCGAGUUGCAUUUGCAAGACAAUAACAUCCGCACGAUUCCUCGUAGCGCUCUGGCUCGGAUGCCGCUACUGGAGAAGCUCCACUUGGACGACAACUCUAUUUCCACCGUCAGCAUUGAGGACCAGGCUUUCGCAGACAACCCCCGAUUGCGCCUUCUUUUCCUCUCCCGUAAUCACCUAUCUAGCAUCCCUUCAGGAUUGCCCGCAUCUCUGGAAGAACUCCGUCUGGACGACAACCGGAUCUCCACUAUUCCUACGCACGCCUUCCGUGGCCUCACCUCACUGAGAUGUCUUGUUUUGGAUGGCAAUCUGUUGGCGAAUCAGCGCAUUGCUGAUGACACAUUCUCACGUCUGUCCAACUUGACGGAGUUGUCCUUAGUCCGUAACUCCCUUCAGACUCCGCCUGUCAACCUUCCCAGUGCCCAUCUCCAGCGCCUCUCGCUGCAGGAGAAUGCCCUGAUUCACAUGCCCCGCGGCUCUUUGGAUGGCAUGCACAGGCUGCAAAGGCUGGACCUCUCUGGAAAUAAUCUCACCACCCUGCCACGGGGACUGUUCAAAGAUCUGGACAACUUAGGUCAGCUGCUGGUGCGAGGUAAUCCUUGGCACUGUGGCUGUAACUUGCGGUGGCUAUAUGAUUGGUUACACGCCCGUGGUAAUUCAAUCACAGUGAGAGGUCUCACCUGCCAGGGGCCUGAAAGGGUGCGAGAAAUGGCCUUGAAAGACCUGACUACUGAGAUGGAGGAGUGUGAAGUGGUGAGGACCGCUGGGACUAAAGACCGAGCAAGUAUUGGUGGAGCAGAUAGUUCUACCACCAACACACCUUCCCAAGGUUCCCUCUUCACCCUCCGGUCAAAGCGUCCCGGUCUGGGGCUUCCUGACUCCGGCUUGGACUACACUCUCAGCAGCAGUGGUGUCGGGAAGAGUCUGGCUCUCAAUGUUAAGCCUCUCUCUCAAAGUAGUGUCCGUGUUACCUGGAGUGUAGCGCAGCCAAGUUCUUCCUUCAGGCUCAGUUGGCUCCGACUGGGUAUCGGUAAUGCCAUGGGAUCAAUCACGGAGACGUUGGUCCGGGGUGAUCGUCGGGAGUAUCUGCUUACCUCCUUGCAACCGCGCUCAAGCUACAUCAUCUGUAUGGUGCCCCUGCCUGCCAGCUCAGAGAAUAAAGGCGGGGUUUCAGGAGAAGCUGACUCUGAUGAAGCUCUGGUGUGUGCAAAAGCGGAAACCGCUGAUCCCAGCCCAUUGGAGGAAGACGAAGAGAAUAAUUCACAACCUGUGACAGUGCUGCCCCUGACAGGGAUUAUUGGUGGGGCUACUGCAAUUGUAUCUUUGGCACUUAUUUUUGCCAUCUUUUGCUGGUACGGACGCAGGAGUGGUCACUUGUGUUCCCGAGACCAUUACACUCGCAACGGCUCCCGCAAAAGCAAGAAUUAUGACGACUACAUUGAGUCAGGCACCAAGAAAGACAAUACCAUAUUAGAGAUCCGCGGUCCGGGGUUGCAGAUGACACCAAUGUCAGCUUGCCAGCCAAUGCAGCCUAAGCCCUUACAAGAGGAUUACAUCAUUCAUACCAUAUUCCCGUCCAAUGGCACUGGCCUGUACAAAGGUGCCAAUCAUAUGUCCAAUGCGAGGCACAGCACCAACAGGGGUUACAGAGAAGGAGGAAUCCCAGACAUAGACUACUGUUACACAUGAUGUAUUGUACCAGAUCCUGACCACAGAAUCAUUUGUAAACUGUAUCAGAUGCACAAUAUUCCUCCACAUGGACACUUCGGAAGCACCCUUCUGUGCCUUUGACUUCUGGUAUCCCAUUCCAUAUUACCUGUUGUUUUCUGCAACAAGAAAACAGUAUGUGAUUAUCUGGACCUGAAACUGUGUGGGGACAGUUCACUGCUAGGAGCAGACAAAACAUCCUUUGUGUAAAUGCGCAGUGGACCGUUUCUUGACAUCUUAGUAAUGGCCCGUGUAUGUUUUACUGUGUAUGCUUCCUCUCUGUGACAUGUAAGCAAAGAAUGUAUACACUGUGGAAAGAUUGGACGAUAGUGGAGACUGCUUAUCCCUUCUCAAACAGGAGUCGCUAUCUUGAAUGCAAAUUAUGAUGAACUGACAUUUCUGGCACUCAUCUCCUUCUCACUAAUCGGUUACAGUAUGAAAUUUCAUCGAGUCGUUGGUGCAAACGCCUCAAUUCUAUCGUUGUGCCCUACCAGCUAUCCAGGGAAAGGGCUUUGCAAAGCUGUGAAUUGUUCGAAUUCAAAAAUGAAAUAGCCACUUGUCUUAAAGUAAAGCUUGUCAUGCCCUUUUUCAGUUUUAGGCAGGAUGAAGAUUUUUUUGACUGGUCAGCCUUGGUCAUACCUCAGAUCAUUCACAUUCAAGCAUCGCCGCGUUGCACUAAUGCCAUGGGACGCGACAUGAGCGUGUAAUUACAUUUGGUAUUGAGUGGAUUGUUUGAAAAUGUUAUUUGUUUUGAAACCAUUGAUUUGUAGAUAUCACAUCAUACUGCACAGCUUUUUAUUUAUUUUGUUUCAUAUGUUUUUGUCGACACUGAAAUGCUCUUUAAAAUUGCUCACCCUUAUAUUUCUCAUUUAUGAAACCCACUCUUGAGACAUUCAAUUGUUUCUGUCACCAAUGAGUUUUUUGGAAGGCGAGGAAGGCAAGGCAAAAUCGUGGAGGGCCCAAGUGCAGGGGAGCAGGGAGGCAAGGCAGGAGUCCCAAAAGAUUAUAUUUGAUUUCCAAAAAAAAGGGGCAAACAAGGAACUUGGAUAAAGCAAACUCAACUAAGUCCCAAAACUGAUGAUCAAAGUAACAAAGAAACACUUGAACAAACCUAAAACUGGAAACAAAACACGACUGGUAACGAAGACAUGGCACAGACGGAGACAAUGACAUGCUACAAUGACAAUGAACCGACAAGAACUGAAAGAAACCAGGGAACUAAAUACAAACAGAUUGACGAGACAACGAGGAACACCUGGACAAGACACGAGUGCCUGGAGAGAGCUGAUUGGUCGACACAAGGUAGAAGGUUGACGACAACGGGUGGACACAAUAACUAAAUGAGCACACGACAAACAUGGAACAAAACUAAACACAACCCAAACCAAAACAGUUUCACCUAAAUAGACAAAGGGGUCUCCGGGUUUACACAGUAUAUUAUAUGUAUUUUUAAAUAAGAACCCAUGCAAAGUACACCUCAAGGCAACAACUUCAAUUUGGCAUCUGCUGAUUACUCUUUGCCUAGGUUGUGGACAAACCGAAUCGGAAAGUAACAAAUUGAACUGGCCCGGAAGUGUAUUGGGAGCUUCCUGUGUGAGACAAAUCCUCGCAAGAAUGAAAAAUUAGGCAUCACAUUUGACCUACACAGCGGGCUAUCCAAGCCACGGGCAAGUGGAUCGACUGGGGGAGCCAUUCAAAGACGAUAGGCUGAUGAAAAAGGGUUAUUGGUGUUUGUUCUUUGGAUAGUAAAAGACUCGUUCUGACAUUUUUAUUACCUCGUGGCACUGAAAUUGUAUGAGCACUUAGCGGAGAAGAGGAAUAUAAAUGUAAUGAGAGACACAGUGGAGGGUAAAGUUACAUCUCCAGACAGUGACAAAGCCCGUAAAUUGAUAGCUUUGUCGUGACGAAGCUCAUCCAUGCAUUAAUAUGUUUGUCAUUCACGAAUAGCUGUGAAUUGGGCCUCGGGCUUAAUGUUGUUUACUACCAUGUUACUUCCAAAAGGGAAACUAGUUGUGCUUCCUUCAUUGUUGUGCCUGCCUGAGUUUAAAAAAAAUAAAAAAUUAAAAAAAAAGUGGUCUCUGACAACAUGUCAGAGCAAUUUAUAAUUCUUCUUGCUGCCACAAACUCCCAGCCCUGGAUAAUUCUAUUUAAAGGAAUGUUGACAUUCUGUAAUUGCUAUUUUGCAGUCAUAAUAAACUAGAGAUGUGAAUACUAUUGAAAUAAUUGUUUAACAGAAGUGCCAUUGAUCCGGUCUCCAAUUAUUUAUGGUCGAGAGAAGAACAACAUCACAGCAGCUGUGGGAAUUUGAGCAAAAGCCACAUUAUGGCGACUCCUCCGGGCAGCAUUAGUCAACGCGAGACAGGCAUCGAAACAGACGUUCAGAGCAUUCCGAGAGAGAGAGUCUAUCAUGCCUUUACAGUCAUUUCAAAAAAAAAAAAUGUGUUAAUUGACCCCCCCCCCCCCCAUACUCAAUCAAAUAAAAAGCCCAUCUCUAAUACAUACCUUCUCAUCAUUUGUAUAAACAUAGUCAUGGCCACAACCAUUUUUUUCCCCUCUGAAACUACAGAAAGUAAAGGGUGCCAUACAUUUGCAUAAGGUGUACAUGUGAAAUGCAAAUUUGAAUUUGUGUGACAUCAGAUGGAAUCAAUAAAGGUUUUAUAAUCUUGUUA